AUGAAGCGCGAGAAAACGAAGACGUUCUGCACGGGCUCGUCCACGCUCGGGCGGAAGGCGCACAGCGUGCGGAACGUCCCGUGGAAGUCGAGGUCGAGCAGCAGCUGGCAGAGCUCUGCCACGUCAGGAAGGGUGGUGCCAGCGGAGGCCGAUGAACUGCGGCUGGUCAGAGGGGCGGGUAGGCCGGUGGGCGGGUGGGUGCUCAGCGCUCAAUGGCCAAAGAACGGGUGGAUGCGCGAGCGGGAGGUGGUAGAGGGGGGCGAAGGAUGGGCAGGAAGGAAGGAAAAGAUGAGUACAUCGUCCUCAUCUCACCCAGAGCCUCCGAUGUUUGGCGCGCCGCCCAUGCUCUACGAUCCCGCGCAGUCAGCGCAGCAGCAGGACCAGCGUGGCAUGUCGGACUACGACGUGUGGGCUGAGAGCUUCGGCGCCCAAGGCGGGCAGUACGCAGAGGUCGGUGCUACUGGCUACGCCCAGGCGGACAGCGUGUCCCAUCUCGAGUACGGGCAGCAGCGCCGGGCAUGUCCUGCAGUCGUCGCGGCGUGGCGGCUACGCGAGCGUGACGCCGCCGAAUAUGUCGUCUAUGCCCGACGGCACGUCUUUCUCUCAGCAGCAGCAGCAGCUACGUCUCAACUUUCCCCAGCAGGACUCACUUGCAGCCGUCGCAGGCGCAGCCCUAGGCUCCCGCGCGACAGGGCAUGCAGACGAGAUCGUCAGCGCAGUCGGUCCCGACCGCGGACACGAUCCCUCAGCAGCGCUGCUAGUUUGCAGAGUACCGCCAUCUGGACCAGCUAG